AUGUUGGAUAUCAAGAAUAUUCUUGUCUUAGGUGCAGGAGAGCUGGGCACCCAAGUGUUGCUCUCACUGGCUAAACAUCCCAACCUAAACAACAUCACCAUUACUGCCUUGUUGCGACCAUCCAGUAUUUCCUCAACAGACCAGGACAAGGCACGUCAUAUUUCCAUGUUGUAUGACCGGAAUAUUUUGACUGUCCCCGGUGAUCUCACGAAUGAUUCGCAAGAGUCCCUUUCCCGAAUCUUUCGGAACUAUGAUACAAUCAUCGGCUGUACAGGAUUCGCUGCCGGAAGGGGUACCCAACGCAAACUAGUCCAUGCAGUGCUGGCCGCCAAAGUUCCGCGCUAUAUUCCAUGGCAGUUCGGAGUCGACUAUGAUAUUAUCGGACGAGGAUCCGCACAGGACCUCUUUGAUGAACAGCUAGAGGUGCGCGAUCUAUUGCGCUCGCAGGCUAGCACUAGGUGGUUGAUAAUCUCUACAGGGAUGUUUGUCAGCUUCCUUUUUGAGUCAUCAUUUGGUGUGGUGAAUUUGAAAGACAAUGUUGUGUGCGCAUUGGGUAGCUGGGAUACAAAAGUCACCGUCACGGCCCCCGAGGAUAUCGGGAAAAUCACUGCGGAAAUUGUGCUUGGUGUCAAGCAGAAGGAAGCUUUCAGCGACAAGGCAAUUUAUGUUGCUGGUGACACUGUCAGUUAUGCAGAUCUGGCUCUAUUAAUAGAGAAAACCACUGGAAACCCUGUUCAAAGAACUCUACGAACAGUCCAGGCUGCAAAGGCCGAUCUUGCAAAUGAACCGGAUAACGCAAUUUACAAAUACCAAAUUGUCUUUGGAGAAGGCCGUGGCGUGUCUUGGGACUUGUCCAAGACGUGGAAUUAUGAGAACGGAAUACUUGGUCUAUCCGUCAAGGAAUAUAUCGACCGCUAA